CCAUUGAAUGAAUGAAUGAUGGAGCCGCCCGGGCCUCGGCCAGAGGUCAAGGAAGUCAAAGGUCAAGGGGGUGGGGCCCUGCGGGUCUGCUGUUGCUAGGUAACCCGCAUCCUCCCCCUCCAUCUUUUGACGCCCCAACUGCUCCAAGGAUGGAACUCCCACCCGGCGUUGCUAGGGAACGGGAGCCAGGGAAUCCCAUCUUGCCCCCCGGGAGUCCUUCCUGCCUCGUUGCCCCCUGACCCCGCCGAGGACCACCCGCAGCCAUGAACCUUGGUGCCAUGGAGGAGGAGAAUCUCAGCCAAUAUUUCCAGCUGCAGUAUGGCCAGCGACUGCUGGACCUGCUCUCGUCGUUCGCCCCAGCCGGAGAGGAGUCGCUGUCGUCGUCCCCCUUCAUCCGGCUCCUGGAGAAGAAGAAGGAGGCCCGAGUGGUCCACCGGGCCAUGGAGGGCCAGAAGGAGACCUUCAGGAGGAAGAUGGAGGCCCUGAAUGUGCGCUGGGAAGAGCUGGGCAACAAGGAGCUGCAGCUGAAAGCUCACAUCCAGAAGUUCGAGCAGUUCGUGCAGGAGAACGACCAGAAGCGGAUCCGCGCCCUGAAGAAGGCCAGCAAGGAGCGGGAGUUGAAGAGGCAGCGCGGGCAGGAGCUGGCCAAGGCCCGCCAGGAGAUGGUCACCCUGAAGCAGGAGGACUUGCUGCUCAGCAGGCAGCUGCAGAGCUAUUCCGUCUUCUACAAGUACCUGGAGAGAGUGGUGGAGACGUCGGAGUUCGAGGAGAUCUACGAGGUGAUGGGCCGCUACAAGACGCUGGUCAGCAUGCACCAGGACCUCAUUCAGUCGGCCCAGGAGGGCCAGGAGAAGAUCGAGCAGGCCAAGGGGCGGCUGGCCCGCUACAUGGAGGAGAAGGACGACGAGAUCCUGCAGCACAACAACGACCUGGCCCGGCUCCAGAUGCGCUUCGACCGGGCCCGCAGCGACGUCAUCAUCUGGGAGUCGCGCUGGGCUCACAUCCAGAACACGGCUGCCAAGAAGACCCUCCUCCUGGGCACCAUCAAGAUGGCCACGCUGAACCUCUUCCAGAUUGUCAGCAAGCAGCUGAAGGAGACCACCUCCGUGCCCGUGGAGGACACCCACAAGCAGCUCGAUAUGAUCCAACAGUACAUCCAGGACCUGGCGGACAUCUGGUCCGAGCUGAAGAAGACCCAGAGCCGCAUCUAGGCCCGGCCCGGCCGCCCCGUGCCCCUGCCCCUCGAAACUAUUACAUUUUUGGAGAGAAAA